GGGGAAGAGAGAGAAAAGAGAACUGUUUGCAAAGAAGAAAAACAGAAAAAGAAAGACAGAUAGACAAUACACACAGGAGACAGAGCGAGAGAGAUAGAAGAAGAUAUAUAGAGAGGGAGGCCACACCAACGAAACCGAAAAGGGGAAAAAUUCCUCUUCUCAAGCUUUGCUUCAUCUUCGUCAACGUCUCCUUCUUCUUUCUCCUUCUUUUCUGAUUCAGGGAAGCACUCAAGAACAGCUCAACAAACCCUAACAAGAGAGAGGGGGGAGAGAGAGAGAGGAGGGGAAAGUGAUUUCGAUUGAGUAGAUUAUCGCUUUUCUGGCUUUCCUUCCUUUCCUUUCUCGAUUCCGUUUUUUGUUGAGAUCUUGAUUCCUUCAAUCUCAUCCCUCCCUCCAAAGGGUACAAGUUGUGCUUCAAUGGCUAAUUCCAAAGGUUCAACAAACAUUAGAAACUUGAUGUACACUGGAAAGCAAUCCCUACUUCCUCCAAAAAUCCCCUUUCCUGGUAUGGCCCCAACAUAUGUUGAAUAUAUCCCAAGCAAUGUGGUUGGGUCAAAAGCUGUACAAAAGCCCAGAGAAGGAAGUACAUUCCACCAGCGUACAUCUUCUGAGACUUUCCUAAUAGAGGACCAACCUUCCUGGCUCGAUGAUCUUCUGAACGAGCCUGAGACACCAGUUCGUAGAGGAGGUCAUAGGCGUUCGUCAAGUGACUCAUUUGCUUAUGUAGAUGUAACGAAUAAUUCUAACGUAGAUUAUGUAGCAUAUGAUGACUACCGGUAUAAAAAUAUGACAUCAGUACCUUUUUGGGGAUCUCAAGAAUUUGAUUAUCUAAAAGAUGCCCGUCAAGGUUCUUUCUAUGUUGAAGGGAACAUGUCAAAACAGAAGAAUAUGGGGCGUGAUUUAUAUAUGAAUCCUGCAAGCCGUUCAAGUGGGGUUUCUUCUGUGAGGGAGAAUGUUGCUUCACAGAAUUCCGGAUCAUCAUGUGCUCGACAGGAACCAGAUGGGUCUUCGGCAGGUGAGAAGCAAGAGAUUGUUGAAUCUGGUCCUCAUGAUUCAAAACCUUCCUCUGAGAGAAAGGAUGGACCUCAUGCUAAGCCUUCUGCUUCAGAGGGCGACACAAAACGUGCUAAACAGCAAUAUGCACAGCGUUCUCGGGUCAGGAAGCUUCAGUAUAUAGCUGAGCUGGAAAGAAAUGCAGAAGGAUCCGAUGUCUCUGCAGAGCUUGAAUUUCUCAACCAGCAAAAUCUUAUUUUGAGCAUGGAGAAUAAAGCUCUUAAGCAGCGGCUGGAAAGCAUAGCCCAGGAGCAGCUUAUUAAACACUUGGAGCAAGAAGUUUUGGAGAGGGAGAUUGGAAGGCUCCGGGCCUUGUAUCAACAACAGCAAAUGCCGCCACCGAUUCAACAGCGACAGCCAUCUUCUAGUCACCAUCGCCGCACUAACAGCAGGGACCUUGAAUCCCAAUUCGGAAACCUGUCCUUGAAACACAAGGACUCUGGUUCUGGAAGGGAUUCAAUGACUGGUCCAGUCCGCAUUUAG